AUGCCAGUGACUAUGAACUGCCCUGAAAUCGAGGGUGACGUGGACUCCGUUAUCAUGUACAACAAGUCAAACUUCAAAAACUAUGUACUCAGACGGAAAACAAAGUCCACAAGCCCCUCAACAAGCUCAAUGGAGAAUGAUAAUCAAUCAACAUUGGCAAGGCAGGACACAUUUUACGUUGAUUCUACAUUUGAAGACGUAAAUUUGGAAACAACAUCAACAUUUGAAAAAUAUGAUACAAUCGAGUACGAAGAAUUUGAGACGGAAGAAAUAGAACCAAGUAAAAUCGUGUACAGACCAAGAACACUGCUAGAAGCAGUGGAUGUAAUGCUGUCAAUAUUGGACGAUUUAGGAGAAAAAUACAAUAAAUGGAAGUACAAUAAUUUUGGAUUUUACAGGUUCUACUGCCACAAAUAUAACCUAACGAACUUUUCAAACUCGAGACCAUAUUAUCACAAAAUCCUUAGCCAAUUGGAUACGAUAGAUACACUUUCUCCGCAUUCACCGCCAGACUUUAAAACAAACACGAACUCCUCAAUAUACACGCCAGAUUUUAUAGUAGAUAAGGUCCUCUGCCAAUUAGAUGAACUAGUAAGCUGCUACUGCAGUAAAAAUUGCGCUUUUGGAAUAUCGCAAAGGUACUCCCACACGUGUUCAGACAAAAUCAACCAUAAUGGACUCAAGUGGAAGUACCCGCAAGGCUCCGAAAGAUACCUAGGAAUAAAAGGAGCACCAAAAGAAAAAAAUAUUUUGACAGAUAAAAAUAAAAACACAGAUAAAACAGGUCCAUUGGACUGGAGUAGACCAUUUAAUAGGAUUUAUCAUAUGGAUAAAAAUUUAUUUCAAACGACAUUCACAACAGAAACAAUACCCGAAUUAAUGGCAUUCAUGGAGAAACCAAACCAAGAAAAUGAUUUAGAUAAAUCAAAUAUAAAAAAAGUAGAAAUGAAGCAAGACAUGGAAGAAACCUGCUUCGUAAGAGAUAUGGGAGCAUAUGAUAACUGCGUAAUGGAAUUCUUUUCAGAGAGAGGAAUAAUGCACAACUUUAGCUACCCGUACUGCAGAGGAGAAGAGACGUCAUACAUACACCCUUUCAUAAGAGCAGCAGUGUGUUUUAACUGCGGAAAAAUCUGUAGAUGUAAAUGCCAGAGGAAGAUAUUUAGAGCAUUUAGCAGAUUUUACACGCAAACAGAUGAAAAAACUUAUCAUCUGGAAAGAAUAUCAAUAGAUUACGUAAACCAAGUAUACGACUACUUUAAGUAUAAAUCGUCUUUGUGUCACAUAUCAGAGCUAGAGACGGAUGAUGUAAGUAAAAGGUAUCAACGGCCCGAUAACAUGACGUCACUUCAGUUGAACACGAUAUACUCUCAUUCAAUAAACACAGAAGUGGGAAGAGUUCAAUUCUUAGUUAGUCCUAUAGAGAAUCAGAUGAGUAGGAAUAGGACUAAUGUGCCAGGUGAGCCCGGAAAAGAGGUAAAGGAGAGAAUGUUAUAUGACGCUGAUAGAUAUAUGGGUUCUGUAUAUUACUCUAACCUUUUUAAAGCGAGUGAAUGCAACGUUUCGCUUGAGGAGAUUUUCAAAGUUAUCAACAAUGUGCCCUUCUCAUGUGUACCAGAGGACCACCUGGAAUGGUACAAAAAGGUAGAAUGGUACGACUUGUACAGAUCACCAUGGUGGUGCAUGGACAGUAAGUACGAGCAAACUGAGAUGUUCGAGGAAGAAGGGUACCUAAAUUCAUACAUCAUGAACACGCUUGAUUCACUGGGAUAUCUGACUAACGUGAGAUAUGAUACAAGCCUAAAGGUAAUUGGAGUGGGACACUACAGCGAAAACGACUCAUACUGGAGAUAUUUCUAUACCAAUGAAAAUAUCUGGAAGGUUUUUAGAGAAGCAAUUGAGUACUUGAUACUGAUAAGCACGUUGCCUGAGUAUAUAUACCUAGACCACGGCCAGUCAUGCUGGAUACUGAUAACGAAGGGUGCACAGAAGAUGUUCUCAAUUUACCCAUCACUACUUAAGUCUUACCUUGAUUUGGUGGCGUAUUAUAAGUCUAGCACGCCAAAGAAGGAACAUAGAGGAAGAUUUAAGACCCCAAAUGAUAGAGAUCAAGAGAAACAAAUGAACCAUUUCGAGAGGAAGGAAGAUUAUGGGGAAGAAAUCUUCGAUAUUAAAAGAGUUAGCGCACACGAAUGCACAGUUGCAGAUGUACUGAGAGUGUCACUGAAGAGGAAGAUGGUGUCGUCAGGAGAGUCAUUCACACCAAGAAGAUACUACGUGGAAAAAUCAUCAACUCUAACACCAUCAAUCAGAGUUAAGCUGGACCAUGAACUAAUAUACCAAGGAAUAUUCGCAUCAACACCUAACAGUAGCUACUAUAGCUCAUUCACAAACAGCGUGGAUUUGUACCGAAAUAACGGACCACCAUUAUUCUGCUCAACACCAAGGAAGUUCACAAGCAUAUUCAACGCAUAUACGGGAGGAAAAGAUUUAAGUGAUUCCCCGGAAAAUGACGCUGGAAAGAAAAUCAAAGGAAGUAAAGUGAGUGACCUUAAGUUGAAUAACCUCAAUGUGUUGCUCACACAGUACCCAGAUGCAAGGUCACAGUACACGCUGAUAAUCAAGCACGCAAACGAACUGAGGUUUCAGUCAUCAAUGUUGAUUUCAGACCUAAACUCGCCAGUGUUUAAGAGCUGUGAAAAUUUAAUACCAGAUGAUUUCGACAAUUCAGAUGUAAACAGUAACUAUUCAUAUGAAUCACCGAAUCACAUAAAUACUAAUUAUGUAAGUGUUAGUAAAGAGAUGGAUGAAACGGUACAGGAUUUGCCAAUGGUUGACAUAUCCUUUAACGAUUACACGAAUAGCUGGAUUUGCAUGCUUGACGUUGUACCAUGCCUGGUCUGCCCAGUAGAGUGUCAAGGCAAUGGAUCAUGUCUUCAUUUCACGCAUGGAAAAAGACUGAUUGAGUUCAUUUGCAAGAAGAUGAAGCCGUCAGAUGUUAAGUAUACGUACCCGCAAACGAAUGGAAGAAGCCCAAGCAGCUAUCACCCGAAGAAGUCCCAAAUUGUCUUAAUCAGCUUCUCAGUUGAAGAGUUUGGGAAUGAAAGAGCAAAGCUGCUGGCAACACAAUUGAAGGCAACAUAUAAAAUGCAAGCUCUAAACAGUAUGCUGAUCAACAUUAAGCAGAAUCAGAACGGCUCGAAAGAGCAGGCAUAUAGGCGUAAUGAUAGAUCAGAAACCUGCAUUGAAAUGAAACUACUCCACAACGCUAUUACGGCACAAUUGUCCUCAAUGGUCUCAACAAACUCAUACAUUGCAUCAAGUGAUAUGAACCACCUUGAUGGAAUUUAUGAUCGAGUUUAUGAACCAUGUUAUAGGAUUAAUGAGGUAUACAAGUCACAAGAGUUAGAAGAUGAGUCCCAAAAGUUAAACGUUUUCGAUGAAGAACAAAUGACAUGUAUAUGUUUUAAGUAUGGGAGAUUUCUUACAGGACUGAGGGGAUUAGUCUCAAUAUCUGAAAUAUUAAACUAUGAUAGGAGAUUGCACACGUUCUGCAAGAUGUUGGAAGUGGAAAAGGUCAUGAAUAUCACUUCCGAAAACAUACAUUUCUGCCCAGUUCAUUCAUGUUUCAUGACAACGUGGACGGACGUGAUGGGACAGAGAAGAAUAAUGUAUCACCAAAUCCACAAGUAUUUAAACAUAAGACUAUUCUCCAACUUCACAAAGAGAUUUAACUCAGACUGGCCAGAAGCAAUAGAAUCCCACAACAGAUAUACACUAUGUUAUGACGCCGUCGAAGCAUCGAAAAUGUUUUCCCAGGCAAAUGAUGCAAUCGCCGACACAUUUUAUAUCUUGCUCAACCUGCAGGAAAUAAUCCAUGAGGCGCUCCUAUCAGGACUAGCACUCGCCGUCAGAACAGUCAGCGACGCCAGCCAGGAAAAGGCACUCCUGAGAAGACUCCACCUAAUAUAUAGACGCUUUAAACUCUCCAGUCAAACAGUACGAAACUCAUUAAUUUUCUCCAAGGAACUACUGUUCCCAUUUGGUGCUCUCUACGAUGAAGCCACACCACCCAAUUUGGUGGUUAAUAGGAUCUCCUUCCCGAAAAAACUUAGUCCGGGCUACGAAGUUUCUAAAAACAACGAUUUUUACGUUUAUCUGAAGGGGGAUCUGAUAGAAGCCAAGGACUUUCUCAAGAGGUACAACCUCAGAUGUAGGUACACAACCAUCAAAAGCGAGGACGAAGGAACCAUCUCAGUCAUCGAGAUCUACAAUGUAGACGGGAAUUUGUCGCCAGAAGAGUUGGAGAAGAGCAGGAAUCAGGAAAUUUACAUACUCUAUAGUCACGGAAAUAACACUGAUAUAGGUCACAUGUUCUUCAAGUACACUCGUCUGUGCACUUUCCUGAAUGUGAACUUGGUAUCCUAUGACUACAGUGGAUAUGGCCACAGUUCAGGUAAGGCUAGUGAGAAUAACAUGUACUCAAACAUUGAAGAUGUAUACAAGCACAUGAGGAGUGAAAUGAAGCUUGAGCCCAGGCAAAUAGUUUUGUAUGGGAACGGACUAGGGUCAGCUCCAUCAUGUUACUUGGUUAGUGAACACCAUUAUUAUCCUGUUGGAGGACUCAUUCUCCAUUCUCCAAUAGCAUCUGGGCUUAGAAUCUUUUUCAAAUCGAUCAUUAAACACCAUAGUUUCGACUCCUUUGACAACACUGAGUUUCUCAAAAACUGUCCUCUAAUCCCAGUUUUUUUAAUGCACGGAAUUUCUGAUAAUCAGAUACCUUUGGAACAGGCAGUUGAACUCACUUGCAUAAUUAAGGAAAGCCACGAGUUAAUAAGGGCGGAAAAACUUAAACAGAAUCAUGAAAAUAGGCUAGAAAAGGGAUCCUCAAACGAAAUGGCUGUGGAGCCUACUCACCUAAAUCAGGAGAAUAUCCAGGUAAUUCCUCGGGGACGGUUCUCUCAGGUCAUUCAGGACGCCAAAAAAAUAAACCAGACCAACCAGUACGUAAAAACUUGGUGGAUUGAGGGGGCAGGUCACAACGACAUUGAGAGAAACAACUCUGCUGAUUACUACGACCAGUUGGCCGAUUUCCUUAAUCUAUGCAGAAAAUGGAGCAAGGAGCACACAUCUAACAUUUGA